CUGUUCUGUCUUCAGUUCUAGGUGCAUGGCCACUGCUGCCAUGCCGGCCACCAACCAGGGCUGGCCCGAGGACUUUGGUUUCCGUCUAGGUGGCUCCGGCCCCUGCUUCGUCCUGGAAGUGGCCGAGGGAAGCAGCGCACAUGCCGGAGGAUUGAGGCCAGGGGACCAGAUCCUGGAGGUGGAGGGGCUGGCGGUGGGCGGUCUGAGCCGCGAGUGUCUCGUGCACCUGGCACGGCGCUGCCCACGUGUGCCACCCAGCCUGGGCGUGCUCCCGGCUCCUGACGGUGUCCACGGCCCGGGAUCCGGCCCCGCGGCCCCGACCACAGCCUUGCGGGCCCCGCGGUGCGGCCGCGGCCUAGCUCUGGGCCGUGAGCUGCUUCGCCUGGCUGGCCGCAAGCGCCUGGACGCGGUGCACCGAGAGCGCAGGCGCAAGGCCCAAGAGUUCAGCCGCAAGGUGGAUGAAAUCUUGGGGGACCAGCCGACUGCCAAGGAGCAGGUGUUCGCCGCACUGAAGCAGUUUGCAGCUGGGCAGCAGGUGGAUGACCUGGUGUGGGCUCUCACCCUGGCGCUGCCCCGAGAGGCCUGCGGGCCACUCCUGGACAACCUCAGGAUCUUCAUCCCCAAGAAGCACCGGGCGCGCUUCGACGAGGUGGUGUCACAGGGCCUCCUGGGCAAGCUGUGCCGCGCCCGCCGGGCCCAGGGCGCGCAGCGACUGCGCCGGAGCCGCAGCGAGGAGCGGCCCGAGCGCCUCCUGGUGUCCACGCGCGCCAGCGCCCCGCCGCGCCGCCCCGAUGAGCCGCCCCCGCGCAGGGCCUCCUUGCUGGUGGGCGGCCUCGCUGGCCCCGGGGGCGCGCGCAGGACUGUCCGAGUCUACAAAGGCAACAAGAGCUUCGGCUUCACACUUCGCGGCCACGGGCCUGUCUGGAUCGAGUCUGUCCUGCCUGGGAGCCCAGCCGACAAUGCUGCCCUCAAGUCAGGUGACCGGAUCCUCUUCCUCAAUGGACUGGACAUGAGGAACUGCUCCCACGACAAGGUGGUGUCCAUGCUGCAGGGCAGUGGUGCCAUGCCCACGCUGGUGGUGGAGGAAGGGCUCGUCCCAUUUGCCAGUGACUCUGAUUCUCUGGACUCGCCCAACCCGUCGUCGGCGCUCACCUCCCUGCAGUGGGUGGCGGAGAUCCUGCCGUCCAGCAUUCGGGUCCAAGGGAGGACCUUCAGCCAGCAGCUGGAGCACCUACUCACGCCUCCUGAGCGCUAUGGGGUCUGCCGGGCCCUGGAGAGCUUCUUCCAGCACAGGAACAUCGACACCCUCAUCGUUGACGUCUACCCUGUGCUGGACACCCCUGCCAAGCAGGUCCUGUGGCAGUUCAUCUACCAGCUGCUGACCUAUGAGGAGCAGGAGCUCUGUCAGGAGAAAAUCGCAUGCUUCCUGGGCUACACGGCCAUGACAGCAGAGCCGGAGCCUGAGCUGGACCUGGAGCCGGAGCCCACGCCUGAGCCCCAGCCGCGGAGCUCCCUGCGGGCUUCCUCCAUGUGCCGCCGCAGCCUCCGGUCCCAGGGCCUGGAGGCCGGCCUCAGCUGCGGUCCCGGCGAGUGCCCUGAGAUGCCUCUUCCCCUGAUCCCAGGCGAGCGCCAGGCAGGCGAUGGCACGUCCCUCCCUGAGACCCCCAACCCCAAGAUGAUGUCAGCUGUCUAUGCAGAGCUUGAGUCUCGACUGAACAGCAGCUUCAAGGGGAAGAUGGGGACCGUGUCCAAAUCCCGGGCUUCCCCUCCAGGCCCCAGCCCAGCAGUCACCACAGGGCCCAGGACCCUGUCCAGCGUCUCGUGGCCCAGCGAGCGACUGUUGCCCUCCCCCUGCUACCACCCGCUGUGUUCGGGGGGCCUGGCCUCCCCCAGCAGCUCUGAGUCCCACCCCUACGCCAGCCUGGACAGCAGCAGGGCGCCCUCCCCACAGCCAGGCCCCGGGCCCAUCUGCCCCGACAGUCCCCCAAGCCCAGACCCUGCCCGCCCGCCCAGCCGCAGGAAGCUCUUCACCUUCUCCCAUGCUGUGCGAAGCCGAGAUACUGACCGCUUCCUGGACGUGCUGAGCGAGCAGCUGGGCCCCCGGGUCACCAUCGUGGAUGAUUUCCUGACCCCUGAGAACGACUACGAGGAGAUGAGCUUCCAUGAUGACCAGGGCAGCUUCGUAACCAAUGAGCGGAGCAGCGCCAGUGACUGUGCCAGCAGCAGUGAAGAAGGCAGCUCCCUGACCUACUCCUCCAUCUCUGACCACAUCCCCCCACCCCCGCUCAGCCCCCCACCCCCGCCACCCCUGCCUUUCCAUGACCCUAAGCCCAGCUCCCGUAGCUCUGAUGGUUCCCGGGGCCCUGCUCAGGCACUAGCCAAGCCCCUCACCCAACUCAGCCACCCAGUCCCUCCACCACCCCCACCGCCCCUGCCUCCACCCGUGCCCUGUGCACCCCCCAUGCUGUCCCGGGGCCUGGGCCACCGGCGCAGUGAGACCAGCCACAUGAGCGUCAAGCGCUUGCGGUGGGAACAGGUGGAGAACUCAGAAGGCACCAUCUGGGGUCAGCUGGGGGAAGACUCCGACUAUGAUAAGCUGAGUGACAUGGUGAAAUACCUCGACCUGGAGCUCCACUUCGGUACCCAGAAACCUUCUAAACCGGUGCCGGGGCCGGAGCCCUUCCGGAAGAAGGAGGUGGUGGAGAUCCUGUCCCAUAAGAAGGCCUACAACACCUCCAUCCUCUUGGCGCACCUGAAGCUGAGCCCCGCGGAGCUGCGCCAGGUGCUGAUGAGCAUGGAGCCCCGGCGCCUGGAGCCCGCGCAUCUGGCGCAGCUGCUGCUCUUCGCGCCCGACGCCGACGAGGAGCAGCGCUACCAGGCCUUCCGCGAGGCGCCCGGCCGCCUCAGUGAGCCGGACCAGUUCGUCCUGCAGAUGCUGUCAGUUCCCGAAUACAAGACGCGCCUGCGCAGCCUGCACUUCCAGGCCACCCUCCAGGAGAAGACAGAGGAGAUCCGAGGCAGCCUUGAAUGCUUGCGCCAGGCCUCUCUGGAGCUCAAAAACAGUCGGAAGCUCGCCAAGAUCCUGGAGUUUGUGUUGGCCAUGGGCAACUAUCUCAACGAUGGACAGCCCAAAACCAACAAGACCACGGGCUUCAAGAUCAACUUUUUGACAGAGCUGAACUCCACCAAGACAGUGGAUGGGAAGUCCACCUUCCUGCACAUCCUUGCCAAAUCGUUGAGCCAGCACUUCCCUGAACUCCUGGGCUUUGCUCAGGACCUGCCCACCGUGCCCCUGGCUGCCAAAGUGAACCAACGGGCCCUGACCAGCGACCUGGCCGACCUCCAUGGCACUAUCAGCGAGAUACAGGACGCCUGCCAGAGCAUUUCCCCUUCUAGCGAGGACAAGUUUGCAGUGGUCAUGUCAUCCUUCCUGGAGACGGCCCAGCCGGCACUUCGGGCGCUGGACGGGCUGCAGCACGAGGCCAUGGAGGAGCUGGGCAAGGCACUGGCCUUCUUUGGGGAGGAUUCCAAGGCCACCACCUCUGAGGCUUUCUUCGGCAUCUUUGCAGAGUUCAUGAGUAAAUUCGAGCGAGCGCUGAGUGACCUGCAGGCCGGGGAGGGCCCGCGCAGCUCCGGGAUGGUUUCACCCCUGGCCUGGUGACAGUGGCCACACCGCGUCCUCUGCGGCCUGAGUAGGGAGAUGGAGGCUGAGAGGGCAGCCCAGACACUGCCGAGGUCCGGGGCCACUGCGCCCUGGGCUCCGAGCACACCGCCAGCCUCUCCUGCAGCUACCUCAGCCGCUGAGCUGUGGCCGGGCCCUCCUCUGCCAGCCCUUGUUCCUACCCCCAGGCCCAGAACCAGAUGCUGUAGGAGCGGGUGCUGAGUGUGCCUGCACCUGGAGGACCGUGCUCCGUCGGCUUCCUGGGCCCACUUCCCGCCUCGCUCCCAGGCUGUCAGGGGGGCCUGGAGGGUGGAUUACAAAGUGGCCACA